AUGCUGUCCAUUGUACGAUCAGCCGCUGUUGCCGGACGACGUAGCACUGUUCUUCCUCGAGUUGCCGCCACCUCGGCCAUUGUCAACAAUCAGCAAUCGCGAUCCUAUGUGUCAAAAAAGAAGAAAAAGGCAGCUGCACGAGAAGAUCCUGACGCUCUUGACAUGCAAGAAGCUGUGCGUGUACUCAAGGCAUUCGAAGUCGGUGAACCAUCGCAUCAGAUCGAAGCUCAUAUCCAGUGCAAAAUUGAGAAAUCGACACCUAUUAUCCGUGGCUCGUUAGUGUUGCCUCGUAGUAUCAAGCAAGAAGCUACUAUUUUGGUAUUUGCUACCGGCAAGCAUGCUGAUGAGGCACGAGCUGCUGGUGCUCACUAUGUUGGUGGCCAAGAAUUGAUCGAGCAAGUACAAAAUGGUGAUCUCAAGUUUGACAAGUGUAUCUCCACUCCAGCCAUGUUCCCUGCUGUCACCAAGAUUGCACGUGUUCUCGGUCCCAAAGGUUUAAUGCCAACUGUUAAGAAGGGUACUGUGACAGAAGAUAUCGCCAACAUUGUACGGACGUCAAAAAGCUCGUUUGAUUUCAAGGCUGACAAGCAUGGUGUAUUGCAUACUGGUAUCGGCAAGGUUAGCUUUGACGGUGCUGAUCUUGAAGCCAAUCUCAAGGCCAUCUUGGAGGAAUUGCGAGUAUUCGGCAAGUCUCAUAAUUUGAAGGGCUUUAUUCAAAAGGUGUAUGUAUCCUCCACACGUGGUCCUGGUAUUGCUGUUGCUGGUGGUGCAUCCAUGUAG